CCGGUGUAAAGUCUGCCCGGAAGCUCAGGUGGAUAGGUAGAAAAUCUUUCGCAGGUGUUUCCUUUGAAAGCUCCUGGGAUUUAUACUUAAAUUGGUUUCUACGAUUUAUUUUCAAACCAGCCCAUAGUGGCUUAACUUAAAAUGUUUGAGAUUUUACGAAUCCUUGCGUAAUUUACUUGGAAAACCUCUCCUGUCGCCUACUUGAGAUUGAAGCAAAGUGAAAGUCAAACUAUGCCUUCAGUUGAAACUCCACCAGGUGUUUUCCGAAUUUCUAUUCGGGGUUUUCUCGUCUUUUUCACUCUUAGCGUCUGUUUGGUUGCUGGACAGACACCAAAAUAUUUACUGCAGGGGCAAACGGUCAGCUUUGUUACUGACAUCAGAGAACCACCUAAUGAAAUAUUGUGGAAGCAUGAUGGAAAUAAAGUAGUGGAGUUUGAUGGCAGCGAGCAGAAAGCCUUUGGGUCAUAUGAACACCGAGUCACUCUUGACUGGCAUUCUGCAGAUCUAACCAUAAGCAACCUCAGAUAUGAAGACAGUGGACUGUAUGAGCUGGAGACUUACAUUAACAAGAAACUGGACCGCAAACAGUAUCAACUGGAAGUCAUUGAUAAAGUGGCCAAGCCUGAAAUAUCUUGCAAAAUAAUAAAUGCAACCAGUCCUGAUAAAUCUGGGAGCCAGGCCACUUUGACAUGCUCUUCAAAAUCCCAUGAUCCUCAGUCUUUAUUGACAUAUCAGUGGAGCUCUGAAACAAACUCACACCAUGAACCAGAGAUAAUAAUAUCCCUCGGAGAUGUUAAUGAUGAUCACAUCUACAAUUGUACUGUAAGCAACCCACUUUCUAAAGAAUCUGCAGUGUUUCAGGCUAAGGACUGCUACCCUGAGAGCAAUACCGGAAAGAUGGCUGGUAUAAUUAUUGGCAGUUUAUUAAUAAUUUUAAUUAUUGUUGGUCUGGUGUUCUGGAUCCACACUAAAAAAGUAUGUAUGAAAGGUGGAGAGAAGUCUGACGUGGAAAAUCACCCACCUCAUGCGGCAUUGUGUGACAGUGAGGAAAAAAGUCAACUUCUGCCUCAAACCCAAGAAAAACACAGCCAAUAUGCUCCUGUGAAAAAUAUGAAUGAGGGUAAUAGAGCUACAGUUGCUGCGCUCACUGAGAAAUUCAAUGAGCAAGGCGGAGGACCUGUAAUUAUUGCCCCCAUAUUUUAUAAGAAGAAAGAUCUGCAUGAUCCUGCAGACUCUGGGAGACCAAAUGACGAAGUUCCUGCUGUGUCAGAUGAUCAGAGUCCUGAGAAGAAAUUGGAUGAGGAUGAAAAAGCUACAGUUGGUGAGCACCCUCAGAAAUUCACUGAGCCACAAACAGCACCAGCUGGAAUUGUUGUCCCCGAAGUUGAAGAGAAGCAAGAUCUAGAUGAUCCUGCAGACUCUGGGAGACCAAAUGAUAAGGUUCCUGCUGUGUCAGAUGAUCAGAGUCCUAAAAGAAAUAUGGAUGAGGGUGAAAGAACUUCAGUAGCUGAUCUCGCUAAGAAAUUAAAUGAUUCACAAAAAGCAGGAGCUGGAGUUGUUUCCCCCAAAAUGCAGAAGAACAAAGAUGUGGAUGAUCCUGCAGACUCUGGGAAACCAGAUGCCAAAGUUGCUGCUGUGUCAGAUGAUCAGAGUCCUAAAAGAAAUAUGGAUGAGGGUGAAAGAACUUCAGUAGCUGAUCUCGCUAAGAAAUUAAAUGAUUCACAAAAAGCAGCAGCUGGAGUUGUUUCCCCCAAAAUGCAGAAGAACAAAGAUGUGGAUGAUCCUGCAGACUCUGGGACACCAAAUGCCAAAGUUGCUGCUGUGUCAGAUGAUCAGAGUCCUAAAAGAAAUAUGGAUGAGGGUGAAAGAACUUCAGUAGCUGAUCUCGCUAAGAAAUUAAAUGAUUCACAAAAAGCAGCAGCUGGAGUUGUUUCCCCCAAAAUGCAGAAGAACAAAGAUGUGGAUGAUCCUGCAGACUCUGGGACACCAAAUGCCAAAGUUGCUGCUGUGUCAGAUGAUCAGAGUCCUAAAAGAAAUAUGGAUGAGGGUGAAAGAACUUCAGUAGCUGAUCUCGCUAAGAAAUUAAAUGAUUCACAAAAAGCAGCAGCUGGAGUUGUUUCCCCCAAAAUGCAGAAGAACAAAGAUGUGGAUGAUCCUGCAGACUCUGGGACACCAAAUGCCAAAGUUGCUGCUGUGUCAGAUGAUCAGAGUCCUAAAAGAAAUAUGGAUGAGGGUGAAAGAACUUCAGUAGCUGAUCUCGCUAAGAAAUUAAAUGAUUCACAAAAAGCAGCAGCUGGAGUUGUUUCCCCCAAAAUGCAGAAGAACAAAGAUGUGGAUGAUCCUGCAGACUCUGGGACACCAAAUGCCAAAGUUGCUGCUGUGUCAGAUGAUCAGAGUCCUAAAAGAAAUAUGGAUGAGGGUGAAAGAACUUCAGUAGCUGAUCUCGCUAAGAAAUUAAAUGAUUCACAAAAAGCAGCAGCUGGAGUUGUUUCCCCCAAAAUGCAGAAGAACAAAGAUGUGGAUGAUCCUGCAGACUCUGGGACACCAAAUGCCAAAGUUGCUGCUGUGUCAGAUGAUCAGAGUCCUGAGAGAAAUCCAAUUGGCCCAGAGGUGCCUGCAAAGACUGAACUUGCUCGUAGAUUCUCCAAAAAUGAGGCAGGAGAUGGACGUAUUAACCAAGAAGAUAAGGAAGUGAAGGAAGAGGAGAAACAUGGUACAACAUCAACCUCUGAAAGUGAUGAUGACUAAUCCACAGAAGUUAAAAAACCCUGAAAAAUGACUGAUUAGCAUCAUAUAGAGCAUAUACAACAGUGGAAUACACAUCCCUGAACUUUUUGAAGGCCCAGAAAUCAACACUUUAUUGUAAGAUUUUCAGGACUGAAUUGCCGUUUCAGAGGGACAAGACUGGGCAUUGAAUUAUAAUCUGGUGAAUAAAGGGACUCACUUAGAAGAUAAAAAAUAUAAAACCAGAAUUUAAAUGAGAAUAAAGGUGGACAUAUUGUUCACUUGGCCCCUGUUGGAUGCUGCAUUUUAUACAAGAUUAAAAAUAAAUGGGUACAAUACAACAACCAAGCACUAAAGGAGUCGAUGAAAGGGGCAAAAAAAAGCCCAAAAUAGAAUGGAAUGAGAACUUUUAUUCAGAGAUAGUACACAAGAAUACUUAUUUUACUCUGAGCUAAAGAGAGAUGAGUGUUCCAUCACUUGGGUUUUCUUCUUUUUGUAGAUUUUUUAAGCAGUGUUCAUAACCAUAGAAAGUUUUGUAACAACCACCAGCUUCACAGUGUUUUAUUGGGCUUUUAUUAGUGAUGCAUUAGAACAUAAAAGUGCAUAUUUUUAUCAUUAUUUUCGAGGUAAAAGGAAAAUAAUUGUUUGCUUUUCAAAAGGAAAAUCAGAUUGUGGCAUUCGUAUGGCUUUAGCUUCUUGAUGGCUUUAUUUAUCGUACCAUUUGUUCUGUUUCACAAGUUCAGUUACCCUGGAUGAAGAGCAUUUGUGUAGGUAAAUAUUAAAGUCUGCUAAAUUAGAUUUUUAGCCUAGCGACACAAAUGUUUUAUUUAAACAAUUUAGUUGAAUCUGUGGCUGAACUUUUAGGAACUUUAUCCUCUUGUAAGGUGAACCUCUGUCUAAUUUCAUGAGGUCUGCAGAUUCUUGCAGCUUUUACUCCAUCAAACCAGGACCAUGUCCUGCUGAGGAUCAAAAGAAAUUAAUUCUCUUGCAAGGUGCUACAUGACACAUAUUUGAUAAAGCAAGUGAACAAAAAUUAACUGAAGCAAGUAAACAAUAAUUAACUGUAGCUUUAAAAUAAUUGAUAAUACACAACUACAGGAACUUUAUGAUAGCUACAUUCUUUUACUUUCUACAUUUCAGGACACUUGUAUGUCUGUGUGUAUGUAUGUAUGUAUGU